GUGCGCUCCUGCUAUAUCAUUUCCUUUCCACUAAAAAUUCUUUCCUUUUUCUUUUCUUUUCUUUUCCUUUCAAAUUCCAAAACUUCUUCACAAUAUCAAGAAAUUCCAGAAGAUGAACAAAGUACAAGAAUAUUAAUGUUUCUUCUGAAACAAAUGGUGAAUUUCGUGACCAAGAUUUUAUGAAGCUCAAUCUGAUGUUUAGCUGACGUGGAGAGAUGUCAUUGGUUGGUCUGAAGGUUGUGGACCCCAUGUUAGUACAAUUUAGCCACCAACCUACCAUGAGCCAACUUUCUUCAGGUUGACCCUUUAGUCCUUAUAGAUCCCAAAAUUCUUUGCCACUUUCCAAAUUUAACUGUAUUCAAGUUAUGAAAAAGGAAAGCUAUUAAAUGAGAAACGUGACUCUUAAGUAGCUUUAUCUUCAUGUUGUGACCAUUCAUUCAGAACCCCAUAAGAUUUUCUUCACAAAGAGUGCUUUGGUUAUUUGCGAGGAGAAAGUGAGAAGAUGGUCUAAAGGAAAGAAAGGAACUGAACAAUUAUGAAACAUUUUACCAAGUCAUGAAGCUUCCCUAUCGGAGGUGCUGAUCAAUGGAAAUUGAAGAAUUGACUGCACGUACUGAUAUUAUCACUCCACAAGCAAUGGAAACCUUAGUGAACGAAAGUCUCUCAAGUGAAGCUAAGGAGAUGGAAGAGAUGAGGAGUUCCAUGGAAAUCUUGAGUAGAGUAGAUUUGGACCUUGCGUAUUCUGAUGAGAAAUUGGCGAAUCUUGACAAUCUUUUGAUGCGUAUCUUGACCUGGGAAAAUGAAGUUGAAGCAAUUUCUUUCGAGAAUGAUGAUAUUUCUCCUGACUCAAUUGAGAAAGUCCUGGCAUUGGAUCACUUAUCUUCCAUUUUGAGCUCCGAGAUAAGACAACUGGACAAUUUCAUAGGCACUCUUCAAGACCUAGUCACUGGUGCGAGGCAAAAGAUAACGUGCAGAGAAUUGAAUGAUUUGCAUGUGAUAAUGGAGAAUAAAUUUCAUGACACUGAAGAGUUAUUGAGACAAUCAAAGGAGCGUGUCUUAGAAAUGAAGAUGCAGCUUGCCAAGUCGCAGAUGACCUCAUUAGCUUUCGACCAAAACGAAUGGAGACAAAGGAUGAGUUUGGAUUUAUCAGAAACUAAUAAUGUUUCAGCAAGAGGAUUGAAGCCACACGUGCAGACAGUUGAGCAAAGACGUACAUUAAGAAUGUUGGAGAAAUCACUUGAAAGAGAGCUGGAUCUUGAGAAGAAGUUGACUCUGCUUAAACAAAACGAAGAUGAUCUAAAGUUGAAGCUGCGGUUGACAGAGCAAGUAGCUCUGUGUAUGGAAGAGGGUGCAGAGGUUAUAUGGGGUAGGUUUUUAGAGUCGGAAAAUGCAGCGGAGGUACUUAUGGGAAUUUCCAGAGAGAUGGUGAGCCGACUACAGAUUGUUAACUUCAAUUUGAAUGGUUCACUUCAACGAGAGCGCGACUUUAAAUUGAAGAUUGACAAUUGCUUAGGACAGGUAAAUGCCAAAGAUAUUACCAUCCAAAACCUUAAUAGCAGCAUUAAACAACUUACUGCUGAAAAUGCCGAAGUAUCCUCUUUAAGGGACAGGCUGAAAAUUUUAGAAGAUAAGUUGAAAGAGUCCGAGUCUAAGUUGUUGAAAGCAAAUGAACUGAAUGAAGUAAGUGAAGAGCGUCUUAAAGAAAUGGAAUGUGUCGUAGAAUCUCAGAAAGAAGACAUCGAUAUUGCAGAACAUAAGGCUGAAAAUGCGGAGGAAAAGGUAGCACAUUUGACGGAGACAAACUUGGAACUACAUGAAGAGUUGGAUUUUCUCAAGAGUAGUAAUGAAAGUAAUGCUAAAAAGGUCAGCAUUCUUGAGAAGCAGGUUAGGGAAUUAGAAAUUCAGCUACAAAAUGCUAAGACAUCAUCUGAAGCAGGUCAAGAACAGCAGAAUAUGCUGUAUUCUGCCAUUUGGGAUAUGGAAACUUUAAUCGAUGAACUAAAACAAAAGGUCUUAAAAGCUGAAAGCAAGACUGAGCAUGCGGAGGAACAAUGCAUUAUGUUGUCCGAAACUAAUUUAGAACUUAACAAAGAAGUAGAGUUUCUAAGAUCAAGAGUUGAAGGGUUGGAGACUUCUUUGAAUCAAGCUACUAUUGAAAAAAUUGCAAGUGCAAAAGACAUUAACAUCAAAACCAGCUUUAUCAUGGAUCUGGUCAUGCAGCUAGCUAUAGAAAGGGAACGAGUACAAAAACAGAUUUUUUGUUUGACCAAGGAAAACAAAUCAUUGAUCAGGAAGUUGGAGACAAAAGAGAAGCAACCGUCCAUACAUGUACUUGAGAAUGGAGGUGGUGAUACUGAGCUCUCAUCUUCUAGAGUUGUCUCAACAAUUGCCACCUCUACAGAUAGUUCUCAUGAAAUUCAAACAGAAUCCACACUGAAACGCUCCCAGGUGGACGAAUUACCACCUGAUAGACCUACCAAUCGAGGCAGUAAGUCUUCUAUGUCGAUAAAUGAAGAGCCUAAUAUAGUUGUCACGUCAGAGGAAACCGAGGUUCAGCUACAGCCAAGGCAACGCCAUCACAAGUACAUUAUCAUGUCAAUCCUCGUCUUAUUACUUUCGACAUUAGGAGUAUAUUUCUUUGGCAAAAGAAAUGACAUCCUUGACUUGUUGGUGGUUAAAUGAUAUACUAAAACUUGUUGGAAUACUUUGUACAGAUUCUUUGAUUGUUUUGUGUUCAGUGUCUUCUUCUGUUGGCUGUAAAUGUUGUUGCGAUCUCUUAUUUUUUUCAUUCUAAUUCAAAUCUCAAGAGAGAGCAAUUCUUUUAAGCGAUUGUGUUAGUGGAAUGAGUAUUGUAAGAUCAAGAUAGAGCUAUUUUUAAAGCAAUUAUUUUAAUGGAAUGAGUACUGUUGUGGACUUUUCUUGUA